AUGGCCUCCUCCGGCUACCUCAGAGCGGCCAGCGGCGCCACUCGCAGCCGCCAGACGCUCCUCCUCCGGCAGCGCCCCGCUGCUCCGGCCACAAGCGCGACACCGAGCGCGCUCGUCGCUUCCUCAGCGACGCGGCACGCGUCGACAGUCCCCAACCCGCCGCCCGGGGCGGAACCUUUGCCAGAGGACGCGCCGCGGCAGACACCGCCGAGGCUCGGGGAGCCGGACCCCGUGGGACCUCCCACGCCGACGCCCAAGGAGAAGAUAACCGGCACACCGCCGUCGGAGGAGGAUGACGGUGGGCUACCCGGCGGAAUGCCGGACACGACCCCGCCACCGGACGUGCCGUUACCCCCUGCCUCGCCCGAUGGUAGCACCGUCUAG